AUGUUUCUGAACGUUGUUGCUGGUGCGGGCCGCUUCGCUCGUGUUUCUGGUGAAGUGUCAUGUGUUGUCAGACGGUCAUUCUCGAAACGGAACAAGGAAAAUGUGUAUCUCCCGUACGGACCUAUCCGUGAGCACAUUGAGAGAUACGAACCGGAUCCUCUCAAAUUCAAAACAUUGGAACAACGGCUCUCAGAAAUUCGACUGCAAGAGAGCCCUGAAAAACGAAUCAACAUCGGUCUUCCUGGAAAUCCACGUAUGGUAGUCAGUCGCAAAGAACGUCUCGACAGGUUGGAACGGAGGCGACAGGAAACAAAGGCUGGACCUGUAAUCGAAUCUCCUCUUCAAGGUCCUACCAAGCAAAUUUUGUUGCGGGAGUGGAUGAGGUCGUCAGGUCCGGAGCAGUUGUUGACUAUUGGGGAACAUUAUGGGAUUUUCCGAGAUCUUUUUGGCGCCGAGUACUUUUUCUACCCCAGAGUUCCGUUGCAAGUUGAGUACGGGAGCGCUGCAGAAAAUGAAGAAGGCGUCGAUGUUGUGAACCCUGUUCAUUUUGGGAACUACCUGAAACCUCGCGAUGUGACGAGUGCGCCAGAAGUCAGCAUUGUCGAUGCAGAUCCUGAUUCGCUGUGGUGCCUGGUUAUGUCCACGCCAGAUGGGCAUUUCACUGAGGAUAAUAAAGAAUAUUUGCAUUACCUUGUAGGAAAUAUCAAAGGAGCUGAUUUCAGUACGGGUGAUGUCAUUUGUCCGUAUCUCGGAGCAUUUCCGCCGAAAGGUGCGGGUUUCUAUAGAUAUGUGUUCAUGCUGUACAAACAGGACGCCGAAAUCGAUUUUUCAAAGUAUCGUGUGAGUGAAAAAAGGGUGGAUUUGAAGGAACGAACUUUUUCAACGUUGGAUUUUUACGCAGACCUGCAGGAAAAGAUGACUCCAGCUUCGUUUGCUUUUUUCCAAAGCAAUUACGAUCGUAGUGUUCGCAAGAUGUUCGAGGAAACCCUUGAAAUGAGGGAGCCUAUUUUCGAUUACAAUUUUCCGCCACCAAACCUGCGGCCUCAAGUCAGAUACCCGAUACAGUACGCCUUCAACUAUUAUUUGGAUAGAUACAAGCAUCCUCAGCAGAUAAACAAAGAAGUGCUGUUGCUCCGUCUGAAAACGCUGCAUCCAUUCGAGGGAGAGCCAACGCCGUUGAAAUUCCCUCUUGCCCACAAAAGACCGUGGAAUUUAGCCUCGUGGGUGAAGCAAGAUUUGGCCGAGAGGGCCUUGAAGGAGGGGAAAUACAAGGACUUGUAG